AUGGCGGAGGAAGUGAUAUUGUUGGACUUCUGGCCGAGCCCAUUCGGGAUGAGGGCCAUGAUUGCCCUGAGAGAGAAGGGCGUGGACUUUGAUCUGAGGAAGGAGGAUGCUCUGAGCAACAAGAGCCCCCUGCUCUUGGAGAUGAACCCGGUCCACAUGAAAAUCCCCGUCCUCAUCCACAUCGGCAAGCCGGUUUGCGAGUCCCUCGUCAUCGUCCAGUACAUCGACAAGACCUGGGGUCAUGGGUCCCCUCUCUUGCCUUCCAAUCCUCACGAGCGGGCCCACGCCAGGUUCUGGGCCGGCUAUGUGGACAAGAAGGUGGGACAAGUGGUGCGAGCGGUGUGGACGUCGACAGGGGAGGCCCAGGAGGCGGCGAAGAAGGAGUACAUCGAGUGCUUGAAGGUGUUGGAGGGAGAGCUCGGCGACAAGGCUUACUUUGGAGGUGAGAGGUUUGGGUACAUGGAUGUGUCGCCAAUACUGUUCUAUAGCUGGUUCUAUGCUUUCGAGGCAUCGGCCGACUUUAGCACUGAGGAGGAGUGCCCCAAGUUGGUGGGUUGGGCCAAGUGUUGCAUGCAGAGGAAAAGCGUGGCCAAGUCAUUGCCCGACCAUCACAAGGUCUAUGACUUCAAGUUAGAGCUCAAGAAGAAGCUUUAGGCGCAGUGACAACUCUUGAGUCUCAUUAUGGUCAUCUCAUG